CACAAAGUGAGCUCUUUCUAUUAGAAAAAGAUAAGCCACAACAGAUCAAGAAAAGGUUUUUAGAUUGGCUGUAUGUCUUGGUCCAAACCCUAAACUGUAGGUCCAGGUAUGCCCCAUUUACCAAAUGCUCUGGUUGACCAGACCUUUGGACGAUUUAAAGUUACACGAAAUCCAUUUUACCUUCUUUGAUCUUAGUAGGUUCAUUUGGGAAAAACACUUCCGUUGAUACGCGUUUUUUGAUUGAAACGCUUGAGAUUCUCUUAGAAGCUAUAGUGAUUCCUACAAACACCUCUAAAGCACUAGAAAAUGUUUACUGAAAGCACUUCUAACUUUUCGUGUCAAAUGUUUUCGAUUAUUUGAAAGUGCUUUUUAUGCUUUUAGACCUUCCAUAUCGUUUUCCUUGAUAGGGUAAAUCAAAAAAGGUCAAGUAACAAGGACAAGUGGAGGACUGCAAAAGAAGAAAACUGAAAUGCGAAAAUCAUUAUUUGUCUGAUUUUUAAUAUAAGCUUUGAAACAACCCAUAUUCUUCCAUAUGUCACAAAUCUGAAGUGCGUGCUUGGAAAGCAGUAGUUUGGUCUUUGGUGAAUGAGAACAAAGCUAGGUCAUGCGGCUCACCUAAUGCUUACAUUUCAUAUAGGUUACUUUUUUUGCUUAAAAAAUAAUUGUUCUGAGAGCCCAAAGUAUAUGGCAUGUUGAUUACAACAGCUGCAUAUUAUUCUUAUCAACUCCCAUUGCAAUAUUGAAUCAUUUGUCAACUUCUUCCAGGUAUAUACAUCUACUCAAACAUUCGUACGAUCACACCACUACUUUACCUGUUUUCUUCACCCACCUAGAACUAGAGAGAGAAACAGAAAAAAGAGGAGAGAGAUGAAGGCAUUCAUAGGUUUCAUCAUCGUCUUCAUCUUUGGCUUAUCAGCCACUGUGAAUUCACAAACAGAUUCCUGCAGCUCAACUCUUAACCUGCAGAAUGUCAAUCUGCCAUUUGAUGCAGCUUCCCUCAAUUGCCUUGCUGUUUGGGAUGCUCACAACUACAUCCUCAGAUACUCACAGACCUCAUCAAACCUAUGGACCUUUGUCCUCUCAGCACCAGCUGCAAAUUCAUACAUUGCAAUUGGGUUCUCAAGCAAUGGCCAGAUGGUGGGGUCCAGUGCAAUUGUGGGGUGGAUGUCCCCAACAGGAGGAGAGAUCAAGCCGUAUUACUUGGGUGGGACCUCACCUAACCUUGUGGAGCCCAACAAGGGGAGCCUUCAAAUUGGAAGCAACUUUUCCUUAUUUACAUCCCAGUCCAACAGAACCUACCUAGGGUUCCAAUUGGAGACCAACCAGCCACUAUCAAGGCUCUUAUACGCUGUUGGGCCAGAUGGGUUGCUGCCUGUGGCUCCAAACUACAGAUUGACCGAGCACAGUGACAAGGUCUCCACAUCCGUAAACUAUAUCACAGGUCAAAGUAAAUCGAGCUCAGAGAGUCCAUACUCGAGACUAAGAAAGAGCCAUGGAGUACUAAACAUGCUAGGAUGGGGCAUUUUGAUGAUAAUUGGAGUAAUAAUUGCUCGUUACCUAAAGCCAUAUGAUCCACUUUGGUUUUAUCUUCAUAGUUUCAUUCAAUCAUUUGGAUUUAUAUUCGGAAUAAUAGGUGUUCUAUGUGGAUUUGUCUUGAACAAUAAGCUCAAUGCUGAUGUCUCCACCCACAAAUCUCUUGGUAUCUUCGUUCUUGUCCUCGGUUGCCUUCAGGUUAUGGCUCUUUUGGUUCGACCGGAGAAGGAAUCAAAGGUUCGAAAGUACUGGAAUUGGUACCAUCAAGGAGUGGGAAGGAUUCUGAUCAUAUUUGCAGUAGCAAAUGUUUUCUAUGGAAUCCAUUUGGGAGAAAAAGGGAAGGGAUGGAGUGCUAGCUAUGGUGUUGUUAUUGCUAUCUUAUUUGUUACUGCUUUUAUUUUGGAGUUGAGAUUGUGGCUUAGAAAAUAAAGAGUGUUUGUGGGGAGCACUUUUUUUUUAAUUAAUUACUAAUUAGGUACUGUAAUUAGAAACUUUUAAUUUAUCAGACCAUGAAUUUGAAGGUCAGUUUAAUCUGGUUUUACA